AUGACAUCAAAGACUCGAAUUGAGUUGUUCCAGACGGAGAAAAUCCCAGAGUAUCUACAAUUUUUACUCUCCGAUUUCUGUAAAAGACAACCAAUGAAUGUUGCUUUAAAGAUUCCUGUAGAAACAACAAGCAGCGUGUUUACAAGUUUACUGCAAAAGGGUAACGAAAGUGGUGUCUCUUUUGUGCUCUACAAUGAAAAUGAUGAACUUAUCGGUCUUUUAGGCUCUUUUGGAAGAUCAAGAGGGGAAAUAGCGUCCGAUACUAUUACAAAGAAUGGUUUCAAUGAAGAAACCGAUGAAGAACCCGUAUUCCAUUUCUCGAGGUUACUUGAUCAAAAGUAUGACAUUUGGAACCGAAUACCAAAAAAAAUUGACAAAAUCUUGUGGAUCUCGAUUAUAUCUGUGAGGAACGAUUACAGUAGAAAAGGUCUAGCUAAACUGUUGAUAAACCAUGGUUUGGAGAAAGCAAAAGAAGUUGGAUAUGAGGUGACUGCUUCAAAUGCUGGUGCUCUUGAAUCGCAAAAGCUCUUUGAAAGUCUUGGUUUCGUGAUUCUCUGCGAGGGUUUUCACACUGAAUUUCUCGACAAAAAUGGUCAUCAACUUUUGAAAUGUUUAGAUGAAACAAAAAGCAAUCAAUUGGUAUUUCGUUAUUUG